ACGGCGCGUGCUGUGUAAUGUGACGGCGGGGCCUCGGCUCGGGGGAUGCUGGGGCGGUCUCCGCGCCGGGGCGGUGCCAAGAACAACCCCCCCCCCACCUGCCCGCGUCCCGCGCCGCUCCUUAAAUCCCCGGUGUUUACUGGCCGCACACGCGCGCCUUGUGCCAGAGCGAGCGAGAGGUUCGCGCGCUACGGGGAAAUGAUGAUCAUGAGAGGCGCGAGGGGAUUACAGGUCUCCUUCAGGGUUCAUAAACGGGGUCAUCAUCAGCAUCAUCAGCAGGAGCAGCCGCAGCAGCAGCAGCAGCCGAGGAGCGUGGGAGUCAUCGGAGCGCCUUUCUCCAAGGGGCAGCCCAGAGGCGGGGUGGAGCAGGGACCGGACCGGAUCCGGGCCGCCGGACUGCUGAAGAAGCUCCGAGCGCGAGGCUGCACAGUGAAAGACUAUGGCAACCUGGUGUUUGAAGAAGUGCCCAACGAUGAGCCCUUCGGCCACGUCAAGAAUCCCCGAACGGUGGGCAGCGCCAACCAACGCCUGGCAGAGGCCGUGUGCACCAUCAAGAAGGAUGGACACACUUCCCUGAUGCUUGGUGGAGACCACAGUUUGGCAAUAGGUUCCAUCCAUGGUCACACGGCAGCCCAGAAGGAGCUGGGCGUGGUGUGGGUGGAUGCUCAUGCAGACAUCAACACACCUCUCACCUCUCCGACAGGCAACAUCCACGGGCAGCCCAUGUCCUACCUCAUCCGUGAACUGCACUCCAAGAUUCCUGUCCUGCCCAACUUCUCUUGGAUAAAGCCUUGCAUAUCAGCCAAGGACCUGGUUUACAUUGGCUUGAGAGAUGUGGACCCAGAGGAACAUUACAUCCUUAGGCUGCUGGACAUCAAAGUGUUUUCCAUGACGGAGGUGGAUCGCCUCGGCAUAGCCAGAGUAAUGGAGGAGACCUGCGACUACCUCUGCUCCAGAGUGAAAAAGCCUAUUCACCUGAGCUACGAUGUCGACGCUAUUGACCCUUUGGUGACCCCAGCUACAGGGACGCCUGUGGUGGGGGGGCUCACCUAUCGGGAAGGACUCUAUAUCACAGAGCACAUUAGUCACACAGGUCUGCUUUCAGGCAUGGAUAUAGUGGAAGUCAAUCCAAAGAGAGGCCGGACGGAGGAGGAAGUCGAGUCCACAGUUAGAACAGCAGUCGACCUUGCGUUGGGCUGUUUUGGAAGUCAGCGAGGGGGCAACCACCCGCAAGAUUACCGCAUGCCUGAACCCUGACCUUAACUAAUCAGCAAACACCACUGAUGGACAAAAGCCUGAACUACGCACCAACAGGAAAUCGAGGACUGAAAACACAUCUUCACUUUGAAUACUCUUAAGUUUUGCACCUUGAGAGGAACAUGAAGGUCGAAGUGUUGAGUCCACCAGCAUGAUUGAGUCAAAAUGAUGACCUGAUUGUUUUUUGCAGUAUGACCUUUAGGUGGGUUUCAUACUCUCCACAAAAUGUAUGUCACACUGUGGUGCCGAGUCUAAUAUGUAGAUUCAAGUGUAUCCCAGUGGCUCACCUGGUAGAGUGUGUACCACGUAAGGCUGAGUCCUUACUGCAGUGGCCUAGGUUCGAAUCCAGCCCGGGCCCUUUGCUGCAUGUUAUCCCCCCUCUCUCCUCUGCCCUACCCGUCUCUCUCUCUCUCUCUUUACUAUCGCUAUCAAAUAAAGGUUGAAAAU